AUGGACUGGGGAUUCUUAAGAGGUGUGCUAUCCAGAUUGGAUUUUGAUGAGAGAUUGACCCAUUGGAUUAUGAUGUGUGUUAACUCGAUACACUAUACUGUUCUUGUUAAUUCGGAUCAAGCUAGACCAUUUGAACCAGGAAGAGAUCUUAGACAACGGGACCUACUAUCUCCUUACUUAUGUAUCCUUGUUACUGAAGGUCUUUCCAAACUUAUGACGGCAUCGGUGGCGCGUGGUGAUGUCCAUGGGAUACAAAUCUGUAGAGGGGCACCUAAAGUGUCCCAUCUACUUUUUGCUGACGAUUGUUUUUUGUUUUGCACGACAAACUUAAACGAAGUGAGGAAUAUUAUGAAGGUGUUUACGGUAAAUGCGGCGGCUUCAGGUCAGGGAAUUAAUCUGACUAAAUCGGAGUUGUUUUUUAGUUGUAAUUCAUCCAAACCAGCUCAGGAGGAUCUUGCUAGCAUUAUGGAAGUUUGCCAUGUGUUAGGAACAGGGAAAUAUCUAGGUUUACCUUCUAUGAUUGGUAGAAGCAAGAAGGCCACAUUCUCAUACAUUAAGGAUCGAAUCUGGAAUAGGAUCAAUUCUUGGAAAGGAAGGUCUCUAUCUAAAGCGGGUAAAGAAGUUAUGAUCAAAUAUGUCCUUCAGACUAUCCCUUCGUACAUUAUGAGUAUAUUUAUUCUCCUAGAGACGGUAAUCCAGGACAUUGAAAGGAUGUUGAAUGCAUUUUGGUGGGGGGUGGGAAAGAUGGUGGAGGAAUUCAGUGGAUGGCUUGGGACAAGUUAG